AUGAGUCUCCAACCCGUAAACCCCCGACCCUACCUCCAAGCCAGGGUCGGAACCGACGUGAUUGUCCGCCUGAAAUGGGGACAGACAGAGUACAAGGGCCGCCUGGAGAGCAUCGACUCAUACAUGAACGUGCUGCUGCGGGAUACGGAGGAGUUUAUUGAUGGGAAGAAUACGGGGACACUGGGUCUUGUGCUUAUUAGAUGUAACAACAUCCUCUGGAUGGGCUCCGCAGAAAACGUCGAGAUGACGGACCUGGGAUUACGAUAG